UUCUAACCAUCAUCCACCCCCCUCCUCCUCCUCCUCCUUUUCCUCCACUUAUCUCAGCUCUGCGAAGAAGAAGAACGAGGUAGCCAAGGAUUGACUUGAAAUGUUCUUUUUUUGCGCGCAGGAGCCGCAGAGCAGUCGCGCGUGCAAACAAAGCAAUCCGGCUGCUUUUUGAACAUGCCUGACCGUUUUUUAUCUGAUGUCAGUAAGUGGCCGCGCGCCUGUGUGUGCGCGCGCUCGUUUGCUCGUCUGUCGGCCGUGAUAUAACAGUCUUGGAUCGGUUGGAUGCAGAGGAAGAGGAGGGGGGUAAGAAGCUCUGACGCUCAGGGAAGCUUCGUCCGUCACACCGUGUCCUGCGCUCUUCAGCGGCCGGUUGCCUGACCGGUGAUGCUCGGCCUCUCUGCCUGGAUGCGCCCCUGUGUCCGCGGUGUGCCAUCGCUGCCGCUGCCCCAAUCCCCUUAUAGUAGAUUCCCACUGUUGCCGGAGGAAGGUCUUGGGACCACAUAUGGAAACUGGGAAUCAGAAUUUUAGGAAAAGGGGAAAAUAAUCUUUUUUUAAAUAUUUAUUUUCACAACUUCAAGAUGUUUUUCCCUUUCUUUUAAUCACAAUUAUUUUAAUAAUUCUAAAGGGGGUUGAUUUAUUUCCCAUCAUGGCUUAUUUAAUGACAGUUGUGAUACUGGCUAUUAUCUGGCAUAAAUUCUAAUUUUGUCUUUUAUUUGGAGCACAGCUGGAUUCUGCUGGUUUGAACCUGUCCUCUCAUCUCUUUCACCACUUCAGAUUUUCUUUACAUAUGCUUGCCUGGUUCACUUGUCUGUCCGUCUUCCCAUGUCUCCCAUCUUCGUCUUCCUACAUCUCAAUUCUCCAGAAUCUCCAUAAUUCAGUAGUUAGAGUUAGAGACCAUCACUGAAUUGUGCCAUCAACCCUUUGGAGAACACUGCUUUUUUUUUUUUUUUUUACUUCUUUUGGGGCUUUUUUCAAAGAAAUCAGGCCGCCAACUGUGUUACUCUAACCCCCCCAGCACUUUUUCAGCAUGAAUUAAUUCACACUGCAUGCGGCUGUUCAUCCAUGUACAGGUGCGUGCGGAUAAAAGUUAGGUCUGUGAGGGUGUGUGGGCACGGCAAUGACGUUGUUGGCUGCAUGUGACAAUCUUCAUCUGCACAUUAUUCCAUACAGUACCGCUGAAGCUGUGAGAGCUGCUUCAAAAUACCCGCUUUUUUAUCACCCAACUCUUUUUCGGAGUUUUGACUUUUUGAGGCCUUCAAACUCAACUAAGUAGGCCCAGAUCCCAGACCACAUCUCUUGUGGGAUCUGCUAGAAGCCUGUGUUUUUAGGUCAAUGUUCUUUUUUUUCAAAGCAGGGCAACCUCCUGCCAAUUUGGGACAACAUUUUUGAAAGCUUUUCCGCUGAGGGUUCUGUUGUUCUGGCCAAAGUGUUCUUGACCCAUCUGUUGGGUCAAGCUGACAACAAGUCCACCUCACAACCCCUCAUCUUUAACUACUUUUUUAUCUGCUUGUUGCCCCCCCCAAAAACCAACCAUACGAUUUCCCCCGAGCUCCCCUAAUUCCCCUGCCCCCCCAGCUCUCCCCCGCUAUCGCCGUCCACCCGACGCCGACCACCCCCAGUUUUCCGAGCUGGCGUGGCGUCGAAAACUCACAAAUAUUUACUUUCUGUACAUCAAGAAGAAAGGAGGCCCCCCCUUCGUGGAAUGUGGCAACAUGGGGGUGUUUGACCGCGGCGUUCAAAUGCUGCUAACUACGGUGGGGGCCUUUGCUGCCUUCAGCCUCAUGACCAUCGCUGUAGGGACGGACUACUGGCUGUACUCUCGUGGCGUCUGCAAGAUCAAGAGCACCAAUGAGAAUGAGACCAGCAAAAAGAAUGAGGAGGUGAUGACACACUCGGGCCUCUGGAGGACCUGCUGCCUGGAAGGAUCUUUUAAAGGCAUGUGUAAGCAGAUAGAUCACUUCCCAGAAGAUGCUGAUUAUGAGGCAGACGCUUCAGAAUACUUUCUACGAGCUGUGCGAGCCUCCAGUAUCUUCCCCAUACUGAGUGUGAUCCUGCUCUUCAUGGGGGGGCUUUGCAUCGCCGCCAGCGAAUUCUACAAGUCACGCCACAACAUCAUCCUCAGCGCUGGCAUCCUCUUCGUCUCUGCAGGUCUGAGCAACAUCAUAGGAAUUAUUGUGUACAUAUCAGCCAAUGCAGGUGACCCCUCUAAGAGCGACUCCAAGAAGAAUAGUUACUCAUACGGAUGGUCCUUUUAUUUUGGCGCCCUCUCUUUUAUCAUGGCUGAAAUGGUGGGCGUUCUAGCCGUGCACAUGUUCAUCGACCGCCACAGAGAGCUGCGAGUGGGUGCAAGAGCCGCCGACUACCUCCAAGGUGCAGCCAUCACUCGUAUUCCCAGCUACCGCUACCGAUACCGACGCCGCUCACGUUCUUCAUCCCGCUCAACGGAUCCCUCACACUCCCGCGAGGCAUCACCAGUUGGCCUGAAGGCCUUUGGGACUUUACCUUCCACUGAGCUGUCAAUGUACACCUUGCCUAAAGGCCAAACAGGCACCCCUACAGCUACCUAUAACUCCACAGAAAGGGACCACAACUUCCUACAGGUCCACAACUGCAUUCAAAAGGACCUGAAAGACUCAGGUGGCCACAGCAACACCGCCAACCGGCGCACUACACCUGUAUGAGACAGAGAUUGACCACAGACCCUUGCAUAACAUUACUUGACGGAAGACACUGGAAAGUGGCAAAAGACAGAUUGUUGUGUGCGGGGUGGGGGAAUUGUUCAUAUUUGGAUAGAAAAAAAGAGUGAAGAAUUGGGUUUCUGUUAAUAAAACAAAAAGAGAAAAUGGAAAACAAAAUGCAUAAAAAAAAUGUGCAUGAUCUACCCAUGAACCAUUGUUUAACAAGUUUUUUGUAAAGUGUUGAGCGGUCGGGGUUAAGGGGGUGAACAUCUGGGAUGCUUUGGUAAGAUAGGCAAUGGUUGUUUCUAGGAACUGUGGAGGGAUGGGCUGGGCCAGGAAACCUGCUCAAAAGUAACCUUCAUAUUUUUACUUUUCUUAGGUUUAGAAAAAGGGACCACCGCCUGCCCCCCUCCCCUCGGCCCAUCUUAAAAACCUGCCCCCCUGCACUACCAUCGCAACAAGCCCCCAACACACAUGCCCUCAACGCUCUUAAGCCUAAUUUACACUAGUCCUUCUGUGAUGCGUCUCUGUUGCGUUUAUUAAUCAAUCGGAAUGUUUACAUUAUCUCUGUCAAGUCUCCAUCUAACGUUCGUCCCUCCACAACGCAAGUUUGAGGAGUUCUAUUUCCAUUUGAGCCGAUUUUGCGGCAAAAAGCCAGAGAAACAGCAACAAGGUACGAGUUUCAACAUAAAACUUCUGUUGUAAUUUCAAAAUAAAAAUGUAUAAAUAUUUAUUUUAUAUAUUGGGUGUCGUGGCCAAGUCAUAACGCAAUUAAACACCGCAGAUAAUACCAGCUUCCAUUUUCACUUUGGACAACAAAAGUUUAAUUUGGAAGUAUGCAUGCAUGUUUUAUAUCAUAAUUUAUGAUAUAAAACAUGCAUUUUAUAAGGACUCAGUGAGGAAAGCUCUCUGAGUCCUCAUAAAAUGGAUAGAGAUGGUUAAGUAGAAUCUUUUUUAUUUCAAUUUUUCCUGUCGUAAGAACUCCUCCAGAACUUAGGCUAAGAGGUGGGGGGGGCGGACUAGACACACAUCGGAGACAAUGUAAACUAACUGAUGGUUGUAAGACGAACUCCACACACAACGCCGCAGACCAGUGUAAAUCCGAUGUUACACCCCACUCCUUUGUUUAGUUGCUGUAUCUUCUUGGUUUCAUUCUUUAAAUCACAUAAUACUGUGAAAAAACUGCAGUGUGGUAUUCAAGCAAAGAGCUAUUAAUGCUGCAAAAAAAUCAUAAAAUUACUAUAUGUAUUGAUUCUAUAUAAAUAUAUGAAUAUAUAUGUUAAUAUAUCAUAAAGAAAUACUUCCCCUGCGCCAAAACUAUCAUCAAGAAAUAAAGUUAAGUGACCCAGGAGUAGCUAACUGGUAAAACUAAAUCAAGGUGUCAUGGAAACCACAUCACCAUGAAGAAGUCUGUAAUGGAAAAGGCUAAAGCUUACCUGAAAAACUGAAAGUAGUAAACAUUUGACAUGUUCUUUUUUCUGCAACAGCAAAAUAUUUUUAAGGAAAAGCUGACCUCUGGUUUUUUUGUUUGUUUGCUUUCUUGUCGUUGCUUUUUUUGUCCCAUAAAACGGGACAAACAGCAGAGAGAACUUUGGAAAGCUCUCUUUGCAAACUUUAAGAAGACUGUGGACAAUGAGCCGUCACUACUGCCAAAGACACAAAGUAGUGCGUGUGAGAACAUAGCUGCCACAAAGCUUGAGCUAAGUGACGACAAAUAAUGAAUUUACAUGCAUGCUUGUCAAAAAUCAUCUGAUCUACUUUUAAUGAACUUCUGUUUUAAACAAAUGAACAAUUAUACAAUAUAAGGGCAGUGGGAAAAUAUAAAUUAAUGUUACAGUACUGUGUCUCUUUGAUUUAUUUUUCUUUUGAUCAGAGAUUUUGGGAUGGGGGCUGAUUAAUUACAUAUUAAAAACAAAAACAAGAGAAAAGUAUUGUGUAUAGUUUUUGAAUAACUUUUAUUUUGGCUUUUCAUUACAUGCUAUUUUCACAGAUUAUUAGAUCUUUAAGACAGCCUUAGCCUGUUUCUUUAUUUUAUUUGAUUUUUUUUUUGUUUUUGUUUCAGUGUAAAUUCGAUUUUUAGAUUUAACUUCGUUCAAGUUGCCAAAAACAGAAUGACUCUGAACUUGGAUGCAUCAAGUCCUGAUGACAAAUAAAAAUGGACCCUUACCUUUACGGAAAUCA